GUGGCUAGCGUGCGUCUGAUAAGGGCGUUGACUUGUUCUUUCCCGCUGUUUUCCUUCUGUCAAGGAGUGUCGCAUACGCUCUUGGUGACAUCAGUCAACGGGCUUGGUUUAGGAGCAUGUGCUAUACUAAUCGACGACAACGAUUACAUUGCAGCACCUACCGAUGAAUCAUCCCGCAACCCAUACCCCGCACUAAAGGCUUCCUUCCCCCGACGUGAACAUUGAGUCUUCCAUCACUGACACCAUGGCCACUAUCAGCAGCUUCACCUGGACUCUCUACAAGACUUGCAAAAGGAACGCCCCGGAGCUAUCAAGGGAAGUCAACGAACUCCGUGCCGCUAUCCAAGAGUUUGAAGAGGAGACCAACGGCCCCCAGACCUCUUUCCUCUCCCGGCUGAGUCCGCCACUUAAAGACGAGUACAGGCGUCUAGUGGGAGAGUGUGUCACAGACCUGCAAGAACUCAGCCAGCUCAUCCAGUGUCGGAAGCAAUGCCUCCGACAAAACGACAUCGCCGGCGCCGAAAAUGCGAUGUCGUCCUUGACGGCUCUGAGGCCGAGGCUUCUCGAGCACGCUGCGUCAUUCACGAGCCUUCAGGAAGCAAUAGAGAACGUCGAUGCUGAAGGGCAGGGGGGCUCGUUCUCGCCCGUGCAGGAACCUGCGUCGCCAGAGCCGCAGCCCAUACCCAUUCGCUCACUAAGCCGGGCGUCGCGAAAAGAGCUCAGACGGUCCAAGACGCACCAAGCCUAUGUCGAGAGCGUGAUCGACAGCGACGACGACAUCUUCCUCACGACGCCGACCGACGAAGCCUUUGAGCCUGAAAUCAUGACCCCCGACGAGCCGACGCCCUAUGAUCAGCCGCCCGAGCCCCCGCCAGAGCCCCCGUCGCCUCUGGUGCAAGAAGUCUACGACCCGAUCGAGACAGUGCAGCAUGUGCCUGGGUCGUUCCCGGAGUCUGAUGCGCAUCCUGCUCCUCCCAAAGAACGAACCCGCUCGGUGCGCAGGAGGAAACAGCCACCGCUGGAAAUCCAUCAGGAUAUGGCACCCUCGCCUGUUGUCAGAGCGCUGGAACGUGCUGCGCCUGUCAGGCUGGCGCGCAUCCAUACUGCCGCCGGCACCAGCAAUCGAAGGCCAGGGGUCUACUACCGCUACUCCGAGCAAACAGUGCCUCAACGGCCGGUUCUUCGACGGGCGCCCGAGACGGCUCCUGUGCGAGCAGAAGACAGCUCAUCGCGGUGGAGCUCCGCAGCCACUUGCGGGCGAUUCCGCGCAGAGACACCGGUACAAGAGCGGCCGCAAGUCAAUCGUCAGAGGUCAGCGAUGCGCAACAUCAAGCGGAGUGAGAAGAGCACCGAAGAGCUCAAAGAGGAGAUCCAGCGCGAAGAAGCCGCCAAGCGCAAUAACCAGCGCCGGGUACGAUUCGAGGACGAGAACCGAUACAGCUACAGCCCGCCCAACCCGUUCCGCAUCACCACGCCCCAGCAGCCCUGGCAGGCGUACCAAGAGACGCCGAACAUGGCGCUCCAGCAGCAGCAGUCCGCGUACGCCGUGCCGCCGUACAACAAUCUCGCUAUGUACAACUCGGCGCCCUACUCCUACCAGACGUACGCCAACCCGCAAUACCCCACCACCGGCACCGUGCAGCUGCCCGGCGGCAACCAGUUCGGCGGUUUUCCCUUCCCGCCCGCGUCGGGCUACUUCAACCAUCCGCAGGCUGCGCUGCCUCCGCCCCAGACCCCGUGGUAUGCCUUCUCGCCGCCGCCGGCAUACAACGGGCCCUUCAGCCCACCUGUCCAGGCCCAGGCCCCGGUGCCGCAGCAUUAUGCGUAUCAGCCCGCCGAGGCGGCCGUCCAGACCCAUCCGCCUGUGCCUGUGCCUGUGUCGCAGCAGCCUGCUCCGGUUGCUGUGCAGCCGGCUGCGGCUAGCGCGCCAACCGUGCCGUCAGCACCGGCUGCUGCUGCUGCUGCUCCUUCUGCUGCUGCUGGUACGGUUGCGGAAGGCCAGAAGCCGGCGCGUAGGCCGGUCGAGGAGUAUUUGAGGUACUUUGUCGUGGAGCCUUCUGGCUGCGUCCACAUCAAGUAUCGCCGACGGAGUGGGGCGCGUUCACCGUGAGAGCAGCUGUCAAAGACUAAGAUUGAAAGGGUGGUGCUGUGAGUGUGUGUGUGUGUGUCCGUCUGUUGGUUGCAAGCGUCAGCGUCAGGGAAUCAGGUUGGUUCUGGAGCUUUCAUGUAGGUACUCCAUAGGUGUUUGCUAGACGAUAUUGGGCUUGUUUCGUCAGGAUUUAGGAGGUAGCAAACACAUCCUAUUGUGACCGG